GUUUCGGAUAGUUGUGAGAAAUUUACACCCAAAACAAGAAGUUACGCUCCAUUCCUUGCAUCGGUCCGAGGAUAAAGACAACUGGGAAGCGUUUGGUUAUUAUAUCAGCGACGAAAAUGGAACAGUCUCAGUCUCCGUAGGCCCUCGAGCUCAAUGUCUGUGUGCCCCGUGCUGUCGGUGCGACCUACCCGGGCACUUGUGGAUGAAAAGUUUCAGAUAGUUGUGAGAAAUUUACACCCAAAACAAGGGGUAACGCUCCAUUCCUUACAUCACGCUGAGGAUAAAGACUACUGGGAAGCGUUUGGCCAUUAUACCAGCGACGAAAAUGGAACAGUUACAGUUAUGGAAGAUGCCAGUAGAGGUGGGACCUAUGUUGGAAUUGAACCCAUGGGCCUCCUUUGGAGCUUGCGACCCGUUCCUGGUAGCAGACAUGGACUCAGGUUACGAAAAAGAGCCGUCCUGUCACCGAUGGUGGUGAACAUAUCCGUGUACGAAGGUCACAUGACCCAGGGGUUCUCCGAAAAGGACGCCUUGGCCACCGUUGUCACGGAGAGAUGGUACCUGGCACCUGGUGUGCAGCGUGUGGACAUCAAGGAACGAGGAGUCAAAGGCACACUUUUCAAACCACCAGGCACAGGGCCCUUCCCUGCAGUGCUGGACAUGUGGGGAGGGGGAGGAGGUCUGGUGGAGUACCGGGCGGCCCUCCUGGCGUCACAUGGCUUCGUUGCCUUGGCGCUGCAAUACCUUGAUGUGACCGAAGAGCGGACGUCUGAUGUUGAGACCGGGUACUUUGAGAUGGCGUAUGAGGUCCUGCAGACCCAUCCACAAGUGUGUGCAGAUAGAGUAGCUGUGCUUGGUCUGUCCUUUGGGACCUCAGUCACACUCACACUAGCAGCGUACUCUAAAAUCGCACAGCCUCGGUGUUGCGUAUGCAUCAGUGGUAGCCAUGUUCACCCGGUCAACAAGCCCCUGACUGAGGUCUUCAAGGUCAUGGCGCAGAACAUGACAAAGGCACGUUUUGAUGAGAACAAUCAUGUGAUCUGGAGGGAUGUCAUCCUACCCAUUCCUACAGAGCCAGACCUUAAAGUCGAUGUGGGCCAGAUAAAGUGUCCCAUGCUGAUUGUGAUUGGUCAGGAUGAUCAGAACUGGGCAACAGUGGAAUCCACUGAAGACAUAGAGCAGAUGAUGGAGCAGGCGGGGAAUCGCCACCUCCUGACGGUGUUGUCAUAUCCAGGCGCAGGUCACCUGAUUGAGCCGCCAUACACACCUCACAUCCGCUUCAGCAAUUUCAUCACACAACACAACAUGGAGAAGGUGCUGAUGCUGUGGGGGGGUCAGACGAAGCCUCAUGCACACGCCCAGGAGGAUUCAUGGGAGAAGAUCCUCCUCUUCCUCCAGAAACACCUUUACCAGGACUCACCACCAGCAGCCAAACUGUAAUAUUCCGUUCAUACACUCUACCAGAAGAUAUACCCUAUUUAUGUUAUUAAUCAGUAUUGACAUUCAGUUUUGGAAUGUGGUGGUUAACUACCGGACGGUGUCCAAUAGCAGAUUUUUUAUUUUCCUCCCAAAUCAGUGUGUAAAAUGUUAUUGGUCCUAAUCAGUACAUAUCACCAUGUGCCAUGAAAACAUGUUCUCAUGUUGUUUAUUAUACUGUGAAAAGGUACAGGCUGAUAUUAUGUUUAAAGGGGGGCAUUAUGUUCAUGACGUAAAAAUAAUUUUAGAAGACUGGUCUAAGUUCCCACUGCUAUCACGUCUGGUGUUGCUACUUCCAUUGAUUAUAAUGGAAACUCGAGGUGCUGCAGCAUACACGCUGUGAACGGAAGGCUUCAGUUACGCGUAUAGCUUAAUGGAACUUUUUGCAGCAUUCAGAAGAGCCCUAUUCGGUUAUUAAGUGAUGAUGUAAUAAUGCUGAGCUAGGAUUGGACAAGGACCGUUCAAGGGUGGGGUUUUGCCAACGAUCAAUUCCGUAUUAUGACCGCUACAAAAGAAUUAAUGGCCAGGGGCUCUGUGCCAGAGAGGGUUAAAGCGGAGCAAUAUUUAAGGAUCUUUGUCUGUGCUUCUGAAUCAGAUCUUUCAUAUCAUUCUGCAAGUAGUCCAUUGACUUGUCUCAGAACUUCAUUGCAAAUGAAAGUCAGCAAGUAAUAUGUUGCUAUGCAACGUCUGAACUGGAAUUCAGACCGAUUCUACUGAUUCGGAGUUAGACAGGUCAGAAUUGUGUCUGCUUGUGAUUAACUCCCUUAGCAACCUAAUGUAACAUGUUAACUAGUUUAAGCCUCAAUUAAUGUUGAUGACGUGUGUUAAACAGUAUGAUCUGCCAGGUUAUCAUAUGAGUGUCAGGUCUGUGAAAGUCUAUUUUUCAACCUGUCCAAAACACAUAGCCUACCUCUACAUUUGUUGAAGAAUAUGUUCUUGAGUUAGAAAAUUGUUCUUUGAAUUAAUAAAAUAAUUUUAAUUUUCAUUUGA